AUGUCAGUACAUAAAGUUAACGCGGAGGAGUUGGAAUUGAAAGACCCAAAUGAAAACCAUCUCGCACUCAUUUUCUUUCACUCUCCAAACAUGUUCGCCACCUUCCGAGUCCUUCUUCUUCUCUCACUCUUUUAUCCACUCACCACCGCCCAACUCGACCACGACCACGACCGUCAAAUCCUUCUCAACCUAAAAUCCUCCCUCAAGAAUUCAAAUUCAAAAGUGUUUGACUCAUGGAAUGCCACCAGCUCCGUUUGCAGUUUCCACGGAGUAACAUGCAACACCCUCGGUUCCGUAACCGAAAUCAACCUCCCCAACCAAACUCUAACCGGGCUUCUCCCAUUCGACUCUCUCUGCAACCUUCCAUCGCUCCAGAAACUUGCGUUCGGCUUCAACUACUUGUACGGCAAUGUUUCAGAGGACCUUAGAAACUGCGUCAACUUGCGGUACUUGGAUUUGGGAAACAACCUUUUCUCUGGUCCCUUCCCCGACAUAUCUCCUCUUAAUCAGUUGCAGUACUUGUUUUUAAACAAAAGUGGAUUUUCCGGAACUUUUCCGUGGCAGUCGCUGUUAAACAUGACGGGUCUGUUGCAGUUAAGUGUCGGAGAUAACCCUUUCGAUCUCACGCCGUUUCCCAAAGAGGUUGUCAGUCUCAAGAAGCUGAAUUGGCUCUACCUGUCGAACUGCACCCUCGGAGGGAAACUUCCGGUGGGACUCGGCAACCUCACAGAGCUCACCGAAUUGGAAUUCUCCGACAAUUUCAUCACCGGCGAUUUUCCCGCGGAGAUUGUGAACCUAUGGAAACUCUGGCAGCUUGUGUUCUUCAACAAUACCUUCACGGGGAAGAUUCCAACCGGGUUGAGAAACCUCACGGGGCUUGAGUAUUUGGAUGGGUCCAUGAAUAGACUCGAAGGGGAUCUCUCUGAAUUGAAGUACUUGACCAAUCUGGUUUCGCUGCAAUUUUUUGAAAACAAUUUAUCGGGGGAGAUUCCAAUUGAGAUAGGCGAAUUCAAACGCCUCGAGGGUCUCUCUCUGUACAGGAACAAAUUGACAGGUCCUAUUCCUCAGAAGGUUGGUUCCUUGUCCGACUUUAAUUUCAUUGACGUGUCGGAGAAUUUCUUGUCGGGAACUAUUCCCCCGGAUAUGUGUAAAAAUGGGAAGAUGACCGCACUGCUCGUGCUUCAGAACAAACUCUCCGGCAGGAUUCCGGCCACCUACGGAGACUGUUCGAGUCUGAAGCGAUUCAGAGUCAGCAAUAACUCUCUCUCGGGUACCGUGCCUCCUGCGAUUUGGGGAUUGCCCAACGCUGAAAUUAUCGAUAUUGAGUUGAAUCAGUUGGAAGGUUCGGUUGCUUCGGAUAUCAAAAACGCCAAAACAUUAGCUUCAAUAUUCGCGAGGCAGAACCGGUUGUCCGGUGAAAUACCCGAAGAAAUCUCAAAAGUGACGUCGUUGGUGAGUAUGGACCUGAGCGAGAAUCAGAUUUCGGGGAAGAUUCCAGAAGGAAUCGGGGAGCUUAAACAACUAGGUAGCCUUCAUUUACAGAGCAAUAGGUUAUCAGGUUCGAUACCGGAAUCUCUCGGUUCCUGUAAAUCCCUCAACAACAUUGACAUAUCGAGGAAUUCACUCUCUGGAGAAAUCCCUACCUCAUUGGGUUCUUUUCCCUCGCUGAAUUCUCUGAAUCUUUCAGACAACGAUCUCUCUGGUGAAAUCCCAGGGAGUUUAGCGUUCCUCAGGUUAAGCCUCUUUGACCUAUCGCAUAACUGGCUAACCGGUCCAAUUCCGCAGGCUCUAAUCCUCGAAGCUUACAACGGAAGCCUCGCCGGAAACCCCGGUUUGUGCAGCGUGGACGCGAUUAACUCCUUCCCGCGUUGCUCACCUUCCUCUGGCAUGUCCAAGGACAUGCGUGUUCUCGUCAUUUGCUUCGCGAUAGCGUCAAUAUUGUUGCUUUCGUGUUUGGGAGUCUUCUUGCAGCUGAAAAGGAGGAAGGAGGAGGGAGAGAGAUUCGGAGAACGUUCGUUGAAGGAGGAAUCCUGGGACGUGAAAUCGUUCCACGUGUUAAGUUUCUCGGAGGGGGAGAUUCUAGAUUCCAUUAAGCAGGAGAAUCUGAUAGGGACAGGAGGUUCGGGGAACGUGUAUAGAGUGACGCUUUCCAACGGGAAAGAACUGGCCGUGAAGCAUAUUUGGAACACCGAUGUCCCAGCUCGGAGAAAGUCGUGGAGUAGCACUCCCAUGCUUGGGAAUAAGCGGGGUGGGAAGUCAAAGGAGUUCGAUGCAGAGGUUCAGGCUCUGAGCUCCAUAAGGCACGUGAAUGUGGUGAAGCUCUUUUGCAGCAUAACGAGUGAAGAUUCGAGCUUGUUGGUGUACGAGUAUUUACCCAAUGGAAGCUUGUGGGAUCGGCUUCACACGAGUAGAAAGAUGGAGCUUGAUUGGGAAACGAGGUAUGAAAUCGCGGUCGGGGCGGCCAAAGGAUUGGAGUAUUUACAUCAUGGGUGCGAAAGGCCCGUGAUUCAUAGAGAUGUCAAGUCCAGUAACAUCUUGUUGGAUGAGUUUUUGAAACCUAGGAUUGCGGAUUUUGGGCUUGCUAAGGUUGUUCAAGCCAACGUUGGCAAGGAUUCUUCCACACGUGUCAUUGCCGGAACCCACGGUUACAUUGCUCCUGAAUAUGGUUACACGUACAAAGUGAAUGAGAAGAGUGAUGUGUACAGCUUUGGAGUGGUGCUGAUGGAACUAGUAACUGGAAAAAAGCCAAUUGAAGCAGAAUUUGGGGAGAAUAAGGACAUGGUGAGUUGGGUCCAUAACAAGGCACGGAGCAAAGAGGGUCUUAGGAGUGUUGUGGAUUCGAGGAUCCCAGAGAUGUACAAAGAGGAAGCUUGCAAGGUUUUGAGAACCGCGGUUCUGUGCACUGCAACUCUUCCUGCUUUAAGACCCACCAUGAGAGCUGUGGUUCAAAAACUUGGCGAUGCUGAGCCUUGUAAACUGGUUGGAAUUGUUAUUAGCAAAGACAGUGGCGAAAAGAAAAUAGGAGUCAACGACAAGUAA